AUGGGUACGGCAGCGGUGCACCUCCUGCUGCUGCUGGGGCUGCUGCACGCCGGGCCCGGCGGCGAGGGCAGGAAGGGCUGGCGGCGGCGAGGCCCGGUGGUCCGCGAGCGAGGCGAGGCGGCGGCGGCGGCAGCCGAGAGUUUCCCGCUGGACUUCACCGCCGUGGAGGGCAACAUGGACAGCUUCAUGGCGCAGGUCAAGAGCCUGGCGCAGUCGCUGUACCCCUGCUCGGCCCAGGCGCUGCCGCACGACCUGCGCCUGCACCUCCUGCACAACGCCUCGGUCACCUGCAACGACGGCAGCCCGGCCGGCUACUACCUGAAGGAGUCCAAAGGCAGUCGGCGGUGGCUGCUGUUCCUGGAAGGAGGGUGGUACUGCUUCAACAGGGAGAACUGCGACACCCGCUAUGACACCAUGCGACGGCUGAUGAGCUCCCGGGAGUGGCCCGCGACCCGCGUGGGAACUGGGAUCCUGUCCUCUCAGCCAGAAGAAAAUCCCCACUGGUGGAAUGCAAACAUGGUAUUCAUCCCAUAUUGCUCAAGUGAUGUUUGGAGCGGUGCCUCUUCCAAGUCUGAGAAAAAUGAAUAUGCCUUCAUGGGAGCACUGAUCAUACAGGAGGUUAUAAAGGAGCUGGUGGGAAGAGGUCUGAGCGCUGCCAAAGUAUUGCUGCUAGCAGGGAGCAGUGCUGGAGGGACAGGAGUGCUCCUGAACGUGGAUCGAGUGGCAGAGCAGCUGGAGGAGAUGGGUUAUCAAGGGAUUCAGGUUCGAGGUUUGGCAGACUCUGGAUGGUUCCUGGAUAACAAACAGUAUCGCAGAACUGACUGUAUUGAUACCAUAACAUGUGCUCCAACAGAGGCCAUCAGAAGAGGAAUAAGAUACUGGAAUGGCAUUGUUCCUGAGCGCUGUAAGCUGCAGUUUAAAGAGGGAGAGGAAUGGAAUUGCUUUUUUGGAUAUAAGAUUUACCCCACUCUUCGAUGCCCAGUCUUUGUUGUCCAGUGGCUCUUCGAUGAGGCCCAGCUUACUGUAGACAAUGUGCACCUAACUGGCCAGCCUGUUCAGGAAGGGCAGUGGCUCUACAUCCAGAAUUUGGGUAGAGAGCUGAGAAAUACCUUGAAGGAUGUGACUGCGAGCUUUGCUCCUGCUUGUUUGUCCCAUGAGAUCAUCACACGCAAUCACUGGACUGACAUCCAGGUGAAGGGAACAUCAUUACCCCGUGCCCUCCACUGUUGGGAUCGGAGCCUCCACGAGAGCAACAAAAAUGGGAAGGCUCCUCUGAAAGGCUGCCCAAUUCACCUGAUUGACAGCUGUCCAUGGCCUCACUGCAACCCCUCGUGCCCCACAAUCAGGGACCAAUUCACAGGGCAAGAGAUGAAUGUGAUCCAGUUCCUCAUGCAUAUGGGUUUUGAUGUUCAGAAGAUGGCACAGCAGCAGGGCCUGGAGCCCAGUAAACUCCUGGGGAUGCUCAGCAGUAGUAACUAGGCAUGGCUCAUCAGAGGGGCAGAGAUUAGAUCAGGAGGAGAGAGAGACUCUCAGCCCUUCUCCCAAACUUUCUAAUCUUCUUCCUUAAUGUUCCUGCAGGCAGAUGCAUCCUCAUACCCAUGGCACACUCACACCUGUGCACUCACUUGCUCCCACACUCUUGCACACUUACGGUGUGUCAAG